AUGUAUUGUCAGCGACUGGCAGCUCUACCGGCACAAACCGACCUCUUCCUUCCCUUCCCAAUCGGCACCGUUCCCAAAGUCCGAAAUGCCCCCACGUCCAUUCAACUCCCUCUCACCAAAAACCGUAAAAACGGCCCUCGAAUAAGUGCAAUAUCCACAGAUGAAAUUCCUCCAAAUGCCCUCCGCCGGAAGCGUGACCCCAACUGGAGAGGCGGGUUUAGCGUGGGGGUAGAUUUGGGAAUGUCACGUACCGGUCUCGCUCUCAGCAAAGGGUUCAACUUUCGUCCUCUCACCGUGUUGAAUUUGAGAGGGCAGAAGCUUGAGGAUCAACUCCUUGAGAUUGCAAAGCAGCAGGAGGCAGAUGAGUUUAUAGUCGGACUUCCGAAAUCGAGUGAUGGGAAAGAGACGCCUCAGUCCAACAAAAUUCGUAGCGUUGCUGGGAGGCUUGCUGUUAGUGCUGCUCAGAGGGGUUGGAGGGUAUACCUGCAGGAUGAAAACGGGACGUCCAUCGAAGCCAUGGAUCGGAUGAUUAAUGUGGGCCUCGGCAAGUCUGAUCGGCAAAGCAAAAUCGACGCCUACGCUGCCGUGAUGGUGCUGGAGAGAUAUUUUUCCAUGUCAGGUGAGGGCACUGAGCUUGUGGUGCCCAAGAAUUUGGAUCUACAGGACAAACUUCGAAGAGGUCCUCCUAAAGAUACUGACUUUUACCCUGAAGAUAACGAGGAUUAA